AUGGCGACAGGCAGCUCACAGCCUCUGUCGGCGCAUCAAGAUGUGCAGACUGUUUCUUCAAGAAAUGCUCAGACAUCGUCGCAAGCGGAGCCUACCCCUCCAGCCGCCCCCACGAAACGAGAUCUUAUAUCCUGGUGGAAGCAGUUCAAGCGUAACACAAAGAAGGAGGAAGAGAAUAAAGGUCUGCAAAAACGUGGUAUCUUCGGGGUUCCACUCAACGUCAGCAUCAAAUAUGCGAAUGUUGCCAUUUCUCUCACCAAUGACAAGGGUGAGAGCUUCAUUUACGGCUAUGUGCCCAUUGUUGUCGCAAAGUGUGGUGUCUUCUUGAAGGAGCAAGCCACCGAUAUUGAAGGCAUUUUUCGCCUCAGCGGCUCCGCUCGACGCAUCAAGGAGCUUCAGGAGAUCUUCGAUUCCCCUGAGCGCUAUGGCAAAGGCCUCGACUGGUCCGGAUAUACCGUGCACGACGCGGCAAAUAUCCUGCGUCGCUAUUUGAACCAGUUACCAGAACCGAUUGUGCCUCUCGACUUCUACGAGCGCUUCCGCGAACCGUUAAGGAAUCACCAGGCACAAGCGGUUGGUGAUACAGAGGCCGCGCACAAGGAUACUGGCGAUUUUGACUACAACAAAGCUGUGGCGACAUAUCAGCAGCUCAUUCGAGAACUGCCUCCGCUGAACAAGCAGCUACUUCUCUACAUUUUGGACCUGCUAGCAGUAUUCGCGUCUAAAUCGGAGAAGAAUCGCAUGACGUCCGCGAACUUAUCUGCGAUCUUUCAACCGGGCUUACUGUCCCAUCCCUCCCACGACAUGUCGCCAGAAGAAUACAAACUCAGCCAGGACGUGCUCAUUUUCCUGAUUGAAAAUCAAGACCAUUUCUUGUUCGGUAUGAAUGGCACCGCAGCCGACCCGCAGACGGUUAAGGAAAUCCAAACAAAUGUCACACCCCCGCCUGAACCGGCACCGGCACCGGCACCAACACCAACCCCGGCAACCAGGCUUCGACGGUCUGCCUCCAACGCCAGUGGCGGUGCGGACAGCCUAAGAAAAUACGAGACCCUUCGAAGAAAUGUAUCGGUGUCGUCGAAGAACUCCAAAGCUUCAAGCAAUGCACAAAGCCCCGGUACACCGACUUCGAUUGUGGGACCAGGCGUACAUCGAAGCAACACCGUCCCCUCGAAAAAGUCACCGGGACUCGCAUCGCCCAGGUUAGGUCGAAGCGGCGAACCUGCGACUCCAACGCCGGCCGGCUUGACUCCACCACCCCAAACAUACGGAUCCUCGAGAUCCAGCAGUCGUGCUCCUUCACCCAUCGGCCCUCGUACGCAGGGUGCCCCCAAUGCCUCAGAGCCCUCCACGACAACGACUGGACAAGCUCAGAGUCAAACCCCGGAGCAAUCUCAGCUGCUUGGACCUCUUCCGGCGCCUACUAAUGUAGUGACCCCGACCCGAGAACGCAAGCUGUCUAGUUUCUUCACAAAGUCGCCGCCUACAGGAACAGAACAAAAGGAGGUGCGGCAACCAAACCGAUUAAGGAAGAAACGGAUUCCGGGGAGCGUCAAUGAAAGCGCCCAGAGUUCCUCACAGUCGUUGAAUGCGGGAGCGUCUGAUGCUGCAGCCGUUACUUCAGCUCCCCAAAUGCCAGCCCCUGUGCCAACGUCCUCGAAUGAGGGUCCAUCUAACUCCAAUCGGGACGGACAGGUAGCUCCUCAGCCUGGGGUCGAGGGUGGUGGUCAUCAUCACCAUCAGCCGUCGGAAAGCACAUUGAGGCCAAGCAGAUCACGAACUCCGUCGAUGCAUUCUAGAUCUUCAUUUACAGAUCAGUCCGAUUUUGACCAAGUCGAGGAACCAUCCAGAGUCGACAAGAAGGAGAACAGACGCAGCUGGAGAAAAAUUCCUCUGCCCUCCAAGCGGAAUAUUGACACCCCGCCACUGAUGUCGCCAACCGGUGCGGAUUUCAGUGCCAGUUCCACCGGAAGCUCGACUCGUCAAAGGAGAAGCUCUGCGAAUGACUCACACCACCCCGAUGCCGACAUAUCCUAUACCGUGUCCCGGCAGGACUCUGACUUUGGUAGAUCGACGAGCAACCUGAAGGACUCCUCGCAGUCUUCGGAACCAGAAAAGCGCAGUCUAUUUGAUAAGUUCAAAGCCAAGGUUGCGUCCAUGAAAGAAGGCGUCAAGGAAGAGCGGGCCAAGAGUCCACCGCAGUCGGAUACAGGACUCUCGGUUACGUCAAGUCAGAACUUGUCGCAGAUCAUCAAGGACAGUAGGAACGGCCGGCGUACAUCAACAGAGAGAUCACGCGAAAGCCUUGAUGUUGCCCGUGAAAUUCCGUCGUAUCCGACUUCGCCUCCUGUGAUUCUCGAAGAGCCGCCGUCACCCCUCGCUGUGACCGAAGCUUUAAAAGCCUCUACAGAGGAAACGAUUCCUGCUCCGGAGCCUGAGGCGCAGCCCACAACGCCUGCACCAGAAAGCAAAACGGAAGAGGCGAAACCUACCUCAGAGACCAAAGUCGACGAAGCGAGUACUUCUGCAGAAGAGAAGUCACAGGAAACGCAGGGAGUUCCGGAGAACGGCGAUCCAUCAGCUACAGAUACGGAACCGGAACCAGUCGAAAAGAACUGA